AUGGCAGAAGACCAACAACCCGCCAUUCACGAACAUGAUACUCCACCAACGCCGACACAUUCUCAAACACCACUGACGCAAGUUAUAUCACCUCCAAUGCCCGCGGACGUAUCUACAGCACAUUCAGGCAUCCCUAUCGGACAUCCUCCACCAACAGCACAGACGGUGUCCAACCUUGUGGAGUCCGCACGUUUUACCGCGUUAGAAGGAAUGGUGAACCACUUGGCGGCCAACAUGGCCACCAACAUGACGGAGCUCAUGGCCAUGCUCAGGAAUCAGAAUCAGGCUUCAUCGAGCUUUACUCAGCCUCUGGAGCACAGACCAAUUGUCGAUCCAAAUCCAAUGGUCACUCCAACCUUUGUUUCGGAGGCUGAAGACACAUCUUUCUCAACAAUGGCGUUUGCACCAACGGUCCAUCCAAUCAAUGAUCCUUUACCGCCACCACCUGCUCCAACAGCAGUUCCGUUGCCACCAGUAGCUUUCUUAUCCACGGACUCGACUAUGCAUACGCUGCCACCGCUAACCGUGUCAAUGCAUCCUCCAAUCUAUAUUGUGCCACCACCGACAGUUCCUCCGGUCACGAUCGCACAGGCUCCUGUUUCCCUCCACCUCCACAGCACCAACCUCAGCCGAUCUAUUAUUCUGCUCCGCCGGUCCCGCCAACAGCGACCUCGCAAUCAUACGACCCCUACGCGCCCGCGUCAGCUCAGUCCCCUCAACCCAGGCCGCCGGUGUCGAGAGCCCCUCCGCCGGCACAACAGAACCCCACCUCACAGGGUCCACAGGUCGGCACCUCACAACAUCGACCGCGCAGACAGUACACACCUCUACCCGCUCCUCUCUCUCACAUAUAUCGGCAACUCUUGGCGGGGGAUCAGAUUCAGCCAAUAUCCUCGGGCCCGAACUUCGACCCCUCCAUCCAGGAUCAAUCCAAGCGCUGCGAAUAUCAUCAGGGUGCGCCGGGGCACACUCUCGACAAUUGUUGGAGGCUGA